AUGUCUUACGCACCUUCCUCUGUCGGAGUCAACCUCGACAGUUGUUCAUCUGGCCCGCACGGGCCGAUCACUGGAUCUCCUGAGGAGAGAGAUAGCAUGCGGGACCAACGUCUUGCUAUGACGCAGCAGCCAGGAACAGACAGCUUCACCGACCGUCACCUCAGCGGUAGAGCUAGUUCUCAUGACCACGAAGCAACUAUGAGAGAAAAGCUUGCGGACCUAACAACCCGACUCCCUUCGACCACAACGAACGGAUCGACCAACGGCAGUGGCAAUUCCGCGUAG